CGCCCGGCGCUGGGCCCCGCCAAUUUUGACUUUCCGCCGCCCCGUCCUCAGCUGACUGCCCAGGCCUUGACCGACGAGUUACCUCCGAGUUAACGCACCAACAACAGGAAGUACCUACGCGGCAGCAACUGGUGCCCAGGGCAGGCCCCACGCUUUGUUGCCUGCUUUCAACCUGUCAACCGCCGUUUUCCAGCGCCGCCAGCCCGCACUUUUCCCAGCCGGAAACCGUCCCCCAUCGCAUAGUUCGCCCGUGGAGCCGAGCCACCGACAUCAUGUCGAACCGACAACUUGCUCGAGAUAUGCAACUCGAGUUUCAGGCGCGCGUAAGCAGCCCCUUCCCAGCCCCGCCAUCGGCAACGUGACAAUGCGCCCACGAGCCGAUAGACGCAAGAAACGGUGGAUGGAUGGGAGGUGCACUAUGGAAGAAUUCUGACACUUGAGCAGUUCAACGCCAAGCAAGCGCGCCGCGAGGCCCAGAAGGCCGCGAAGCAAGACAAUGAGCUGAAGAAGCAGAUCCAGAACGUACGCCUCGCCUUGGCCGCUCCCCGUUGUUCCGGUUUGCCACCAACAAUAAGCCAAAGACGUUCUAACUAACCUCCGUGCGCCGUCCCUCGCAGCUCCUCAAAAAAGGCGAAACCGCGCAGGCGGCCCAGAAAGCCCGGAUGCUGCUGGCGAAGCAGGCGAUCGCGGCGCAGAUGGACCAGGCGGCGGACAUGGCGGAGCUGUCGCUGGCGCAGAUCCAGGCGAACAACGCGAUGAACCGGAUGACGGCCAUGAUGGCGCAGUCGUCGCGGACGAUGCAGCGGGCGCAGCGCAGCGCGAACCCGGAGCGCACGCUGCUGACGCUCGAGCAGUUCCGCGCGCAGAACGAGGAGUACGCCAUGAGCAACGGCAUCUACCAGGACGCCAUGACCCAGAACACGAGCGUGCAGGUCAGCGACGACGCCGUGCACGAGCUGCUCGGCAAGCUCGCCGACGACGCCGGCCUCGAGCUCGGCCAGGAGCUCAGCCAGGCCACCACCAGCAAGGUCGACCCCGCCAAGGAGCCCGCCGAGCCCACCCCCGAGGUCGAGGAUGCGCUGCAGCAGCGGCUGAGGGCCCUGCGGGCAUGAUGAUUGCGUGUUUGGAUUGGAUGGCCAAGCGGCCGCUUAGACUUGCGCAAGACAUUGAGGAGGGAGGGAGGGUAGGUGGGUGGAGGAGGGGCGAGGGGUAGUUGGGUUGCUGUGCAUGGCUUGAUUCCCGCGUGAUUCCUACCGCUCUGAGAGCGGCCGACCACGCUACGGAACAGGUCUGCGCGAAG